AUGGGCCAUAUGGUCCCAGUAGUAGAAACCGAACCAGCCAAUCCUUUCACUUGUUAUUUGCCCCAUCAUGGAGUUUUGCGCAAAGGCCGCCUCUCCAGCAAUAUUCGAGUUGUGUUUAACGGAUCUAGCCGUACGAGCAGCGGCAUCUCAUUAAACGAUAUUUUGCAUACCGGGGCAAAGUUACAGACUAACAUUUUCGAGGUACUGCUCUGGUUCCGCUCGCAUCGUUUUGUCUUCUCCUCAGACAUCGUUAAGAUGUAUCGGCAGAUCCUCCUGCAUCCUGACGACCAAGAUCUUCAACGCAUCUUUUGGCACGACGCCAACGAGCAAGUAAUCUCAUAUAGGCUAACAACAGUGACUUACGGUCUAAGCUGCGCCCCUUUCUUGGCUUUUCGCACGCUUCAACAACUCAUUGAGGAUGAAGGUCACCGGUUCCCUAAAGCGAUAGCCCCUCUGACUAAGGGUUUGUUGUGGCAGCCACAUCACGACGCUUUCAGCCUUUGUGCUGCGCCAUCUUCCGAUCACGUCGUCACCAAACGACUAGCACUUUCCGAGACCGCUCAGAUAUAUGACCCUUUAGGAUUCAUUUCCCCCGUUGUG